UAAGGCAACUACCGUCAAACUGUGUGUCUUUAAGUAGGAUUCUCCGGUGCUGUGCGGUAGGAGGGGUUGUGGUGACGCUCGCUGGCUCUUUGGUGCUGAGCUGAACAGCGAUUUCACCUGCAGUUGAGAGCAAACGGAGUCAGGACGGUCUUCUACAACCGACGAGCCUACUACCGCAAACAGGCGACAGAAGGACCAUCCUAGCGCAGGCACCAGGGAAAUUAUACAAUUCUCCAAAGAAUUCGGACCGAAUCAGAGUACUUCAAGCAGCCUCCGCUCGCUUGCAAGGAUGAAAACAGGCUUCGUUAUCUUAUUAAUGGGAAUCCUCCUAUUGGACUCAUCUUGGGUGACUAAGGGAGACCUACCACUGAAAGCGUCCUGCCAGCCCGGAUUUUCUCAAAGUUUUUAUACCUUGCUCGUUUCAAGGGAUGUACUGCAAGGCCGGAGCAUUCUCAAAGAUACCAUGGUGUCAUCAGGAGGAGUUAAGUUCGAGAGGUGCUUGCGGAACGUGAGCGUAGACAUGGCGAGCAGUGACCCCAGCUUCGGCGUGAAGGACGACGGCUCCGUCUACGCCCAGCGCGAAGUGAGCGGCCUGAGCUUGAGCGAGCCCGUCCAGUUCCGGGUGACGGCGCGAGACGAUCCCAACGCACAGGCCUGGGAGACCACCGUUAAGCUGACCCUGGCAAAUGAGUCGCCAUCACCCGCACUGGCGCUAACCAACAGUCAGGCGCUGACGGAGCGGAGUUCAGGCGGGAAGCUCCACGGACCCCAGCCUCUGCCUUUUGUCAUCCGGUUCCCCAGGAAACCGCGGUCUAACGGGCUGCACCGCCGCAAGCGAGACUGGGUGAUCCCGCCGAUCAACGUGCCUGAGAACUCUCGCGGGCCCUUUCCUCAGAUCCUCGUCAGCAUUCGCUCGGACAAGGACAAGUCCAAUCAGAUCCGCUACAGCAUCACAGGGGCAGGAGCUGACCAGCCACCCAAUGAGGUGUUCCAGAUUCAGCCUGUGACGGGGAAAAUGUCCGUCACCAGGCCACUGGACAGAGAGGAGCGCUCAUUCUACCAUCUGCGAGCGCAUGCAGUGGACAUGAACGGCAUCCAGGUGGAGACGCCCAUUGACUUAUACAUCAACGUCAUCGACAUGAACGACAACCGACCCGAGUUCCAGAACCAGGUCUACAAUGGCUCAGUACCAGAGAACGCCAGGCCAGGCACGUAUGUGAUGACCGUGACGGCCACGGACGCGGAUGACAACGCCACGUCCAAUGGCAUGGUGCAGUACCUCAUCAAGACGGAGCUGCCCCACAACCCCGUAUCCCAUCUCUUCACCAUCAACAGCGAGACCGGAGACAUCGUCACCGUGGCUGCUGGCCUGGACAGAGAGAAAGUGCCUCAGUACACGCUCAUCGUCCAGGCAACAGACAUGGAAGGCGCCCAAAGUUAUGGUCUGUCUAACACGGCCACUGCCAUCAUCACCGUCAUCGAUAUCAACGACAACGCACCGGAGCUGACAGAUAGCACGUUCUCCGGAGAGGUGAAAGAGAACGCCACGGGCGUCAUAGUAACCAACCUAACAGUCAUCGACCGCGACCAGCCCCACACGCCCAACUGGAACGCCGUCUACAAGAUCCUGAGCGGAGACCCCCACAACCACUUCACCAUCCACACCAACCCAGAGAACAACGACGGCAUGGUCACCGUGGUGAAGCCGGUAGACUACGAGCAGAACCGCGCCUUCAUGCUGAACGUGGCUGUCUAUAACCAGGUGCCGCUGGCCAGCAACAUCCAGUCGUCGCAGCAGCACACGGCGGGCAUCACCAUCUCCGUGCAGGACGUCAACGAGCCGCCCAUGUUCAUUAACAACCCCAAGUACAUCCGGCUGCAGGAGGGCAUCCCCGCCGGUCACUCCGUCUGCUCCUUCAUGGCCAAGGACCCCGACAUCUUCAUGCAACAGUCCAUCAGGUACGCUAAGCUGUCUGACCCUGCCAACUGGCUGACCAUCAACUCCAGCAACGGGCAAAUCUACACGACUGCUGUGCUGGACCGUGAGUCCAUCUUUGUCAAGAACAACAUCUACGAGGCUACAUUCCUAGCAGCAGAUAAUGGCUACCCUCCGCGGAGUGGCACGGGCACGCUGCAGAUCUACCUGACGGACGUGAACGACAACCCACCGGCCGUGCUGCCACGCGAGGCUCAGAUCUGCGAGCGAGGUCGCCACGGCAGCUUCAUCAAUGUCACGGCGACCGAUGCCGACGAGAUGCCCAACGGCGGGCCCUUCAGCUUCGACCUGCACCCCAGUGCCCAGCGCAACUGGACCAUCUCACGGUUCAACGCUGAUCAUGCCCGGAUCAGCUUGAGAAUCCAGUACCUGGAGUCGGGCGUGUACGAGGUGCCGGUCACGGUGAUGGACUCGGGCAACCCCACGCUGACCAACCAGUCCAGCAUCAUGGUGAAGGUGUGCCCGUGCGACGAGAACGGAGACUGCUCCACCACCGGGGCCGUGGCGGCUGCUGGCCUGGGCACGGGAGCCAUCAUCGCCAUCCUCAUCUGCAUCAUCAUACUGCUCAGCAUGGUGCUACUGUUUGUGGUGUGGAUGAAGAGGAGGGAAAAGGAGCGCCAGACUAAGCAGCUGCUCAUAGACCCUGAGGACGACGUCCGGGACAACAUCCUCAAGUACGAUGAGGAGGGAGGCGGAGAGGAGGACCAGGACUAUGACCUGAGCCAGUUGCAACAGCCUGAAUCCCUGGAGCACAUCAUGAGCAAGCCCGCAGGGGUGCGGAGGGUGGACGAGAGGCCGGUCAUCCCCGAGUCGCAGUACCCCAUCCGGCCCAUUUUGCCCCACCCAGGGGACAUCGGAGACUUCAUCAACGAGGGCCUGAGGGCAGCGGAUAACGACCCCACGGCUCCUCCGUACGACUCACUGCUGGUGUUCGACUACGAGGGCAGCGGCUCCACCGCCGGCUCGGUCAGCUCGCUCAACUCCUCCAGCACCGGCGACCAGGACUACGACUACCUCAACGACUGGGGCCCGCGCUUCAAGAAGCUGGCUGACAUGUACGGUGGAGGGAACGAUGACUAGAGCACCUCUGACUCCCGACACCACACCCCAGCCCAAAAAUGAAAAAUGGAGGUUCCCACACCCCCAUCACCACCCAACCCCAUGCCAACUGGCCAAGCUCUCCAAUCACAGAGCAGGACUCUCUUAACAGCCACACCCACAACCCACAAAACAACCAACCGAUUCAAACCAACAUUUACCGACACGUCAUGAAACAGACAAGGACUUGACAGAGGCAUCUUGUGUACUAUCCUCUGCUGACAGUCUUUGAAAAACAAAAAAAGACAAAAGAACAUUAUGUUGUGGUUCUACUCUCCUUUCUUUUGCAUUCUGAUUUUAACUAUGAUUUUUUUCUCUCUCUCUUUGAUGAAGGCUUGUGUUCACAGUAUUUUACUUAUUUGAGUUAGCCCUCCGUAAGUGCAAGCUUUUUUUAGAUGUGUAAGGGAUGCCAGUCGCUCCAUAGUUUCUGCCCAGCUGCCCUUACCUGCCACAUCCCUUUGCCCAUGUCCCCUCAUUCGUCCUGCAGUCCUCCACAGACAGCCAGGUCGAGUUGCAUUCUGCUUGAGGAGACUGAAAAGUAAAAAAAAAAUAAAAAUACUCCCACAACAUUCUCACGUGAGGAAGAGAGUGUAUGAAAGGGAAAGAGUUGCUAUCUCACUUAACUUGAAUUCUUCUGAAGAGAGAAGCGCUGUUGUUUAAGAAGUGCCUUCACUGGUGCAUUUCUUUCUUUCUUUCUUACUUGCUUUCUUUGUUUUGUUUUGUAAUUUGUUUUGUUAUUUCGCUGUUUGGAACUUCGUCAAUCUCAGGAUUGGUUGGCCACAUGGAUGGCUGGCGUGUCCCCAGUCUGAAGCCCCAUCCAGCGCCCCACCUCCGGCCCAGUGCAGAAGCCUAAUCGGCUGUCUGGCUACUGAGUUGAGAUUUGGCCUUGGGAUUGUAGGGUUACCAGUAGUGUAGACAGAAUCAUGUUGUAAGUGCUUCACGUAAGUUGUCUCCUUUUUAUUGCGUGCUUUAAAGAAAUGGGGAUUAGUUGGGAGAGGACAUGGGAGAAAACAGAUUUGUUUUUUUGUCCAAAGGCUGAGACGGGAGUGUGCUGAGUGUGAGAGCCUGUGGGUUGGCACAGCAGAGACGUGCAUUCCUAAUCAGACUAUGUGUAAAUCCUUUAAUCAAACUGUGCGUGGAAAUUCAAUGAUUGUUGAUUGUAUUGAUACGUAACGUGCAGAAACAAGCUGUAGCUUGGAUGGCUGUUCAAUUUUUGGAUGUCCACCUGUGUGUGUGUGUGCCAUUCUGUGUGUGUGUGUGUGUGUGUGUUUGCUGUGUUUGAUCCAUCUGCUGAAAGCAGGACACUUUAGGGCAGCAAGUGUAUGUGUGUGUGUGUGUGUGCGUGUGUGUGUAUACUGUACUGACUUUGUUAAUUUGUUAGGAAGGAUUGGAAUUGGUAUUGGGCGAAGCCCAAAGGUAAAGCGGCUAUCGUGAUUAAACCUCUCUUUUCAGAGGUGACACGAUUGGUGUGUGCGGAAUGGGUGGCGGGAAAUGCAUGAUGUUUCUCCCCAACACCCUUAACGUGUUACUCUAGUGCGUAGGGUUGAUUAUUUGAAUUGAUUAAACCAAUAUAUAUAAACUGUAAAAAGUCAAAACGAUGUACAAAAAAAAGGAAGGAAAAAGAUCCUAUUUUUGAAGUGUUUAGGAAAUCUUAAGCAGUUGGUGCUCAAGUUGAUGUUUUUCUUUUCUUUCCUGUGCUGUUGAGAGGGUUACAGAGCACCACACCCAAAGUACUCAAAGGUCUCUGAGCCUCGACUUCUCUACCCCUUUAGAACCUGCCUCCGCAGGGGUUCUUCUUACUGAUUUACCCCCCGUUGCGGUUCAAAUAGACGAUUGAUGACUCCUUUUCAAAUCAUAUCUUUCUAAAGUCACAGUGAGCCAGUGAGAUCACAGUAUGACAGUGAAACUGCCUGGAUUACACGUUUUCAGUAUCAUUAACCCUGAAAGCUAUUUGUUAUUCUGAUACUUUUGGGGAAAAUGUGGUUGUUUUAGUCUUUUUCUAAUUGCCAGUGGUUCGCGUGAUGACAGCUGUGUUCUCAAGGGAUGAAAAAAAAACUUCCACACCACUCUGCCAGUGAAAUACUCGUCGUAAUUCUCGUAAGGCCUACCCACCAGUCUCCAAAUAGACUAGGCAGCAAGUGCAAAAUAGUUCCUUUGUGUGCUGUAACGAUUAGAUAUGCAAACUUUUGCCUUUACCUUUUUUGGAAAUCUCAGCUUCCCCCUCCAACCCACAGUGUUCAGCACCCCCUGUUCUCUGAGCCAUUUCCCUAGUUAAAUAUGGUAAUGCUAUAUGACUGCAACAGGAGUUCUCUCCACAAGCCAUUACUGUGGUAACCCUGGGAAUAAGCAGGAACAGGGCCCGCCAAUCCAGGGGGAGCCCACCUCCUGUCGGGUCUUUCCCAGUCAGUUCAGUCACGACAUCCUUGUGUCAGAGCCACUAUUGAUCACUAUCAUCAUAAGAAUGUGAUGCAAUCUGUCAGCUCAUACUGAUAUGAGCUGAUUAGCGACACCUGUGAGGUGUGGGAGAGAAGGCCUCCAGUCCAGACUGGCCGAUGACACAUUGUGUUGCCACACGUUGGCUCACCCCAUCUCUCCCCUUUGGGUGCUGCCACCCAUGUAACAGUGAUUCACAUUUCAGGACAGUAUGCCUUAUCGAUUCCUGAGGCAGGGGAGGGAUAGCACAGGAUUUGUCAUUUGUGUCGUGAAGUGGUCUAGUCUUUUCUCCUGCCUUUCCCCCUGCUGUCCAUUGUAUCUUAGUUAGCAGCCUUCAAGGUCCGGCUAGUGCCAUUGGCCAGUCUUAUUUGUCAGUGGUCAACAUGGCUGAUGGUGUUUCCAUCCAUGUUUCCAACUAAAGGUACUUCAACCUCUUACACCUUUUAUCUUCAGACAGCCAUUGGGCUGGUGGCGUCAUGUCAUUGUGACCACGUUCUUGGUGUGACCACGCUUGCCAUAACUUAGACCCCACUGCUGUACCGAACCGUCCAGAACCGUGUGACCCUACGACUACCAAACCCCCCAUUACCCACACCACAACCCCCAUCACAACAAAUGCCUUGCGUUAGCCAAUGAGCAGGAAGCCGUCGUAGUUAGUUCAAGGUGAGCUUUAUGUUCAGUGCAGUGCAGUGCAGUAGCUGUGCCGUUCUGGAGAUGCCUCUGCACACUCACAGUUCCCUGCAGGGGAUGUGGCUUUAUCAUAUGUUCUCAUGUCUCAUUGCUUCUGUUUCGCUUUGGCAUAGCAAGCCGGAGGGCACACACACACACACACACUCUCUGAAACAGCCACUGCAAUUUUUUUAUUUGUAUGUCACAAACAGUUGAAAUAAAUGUAACUGAUGUAUAUAAACUUAUUUCUUUAUCUGUUUUUUUUUACCACUACACAUGUUUUUAACCAUCAUUCUGUAUGAACUUAGCUGGUUUUGUAUAUUCUCUUAGAUUUCUUUUUUUAUAUGUAUUUCACUUUUUGUUUUGCUUUUUUGUUUGAUCGCAGUGUUUUUGGUUAUUUCAUGUUGUUUAUCUGUGAAGAAUAGCAAGCUUCAACACAGUCAAGAAAGCCAUUUGAGUUUAUAGUAAACUCCAAGGAAUUCUAAGCCUAUGGCCAACCCAUCUAACCACUGUUUAUUGUUGAAAACAUAGUUGUUGUAUGCAAUUCCUUUCCCCAAAAACACACACUCCAAAACACAUUCAUGCACACCCAGAGAGAAAUGCUGGGUCUAAAACCCUGUCUGCAUCCAAAAUCCAUCAUGCUGCGGUGCUAUCCAGACAGCUCAAUCCCCUGCCGCCAUUGUUCGCCUCGUUGGUCUAUACCUGGUGCCGCGUCAGAUCCCCUCAGUCCGCUGUCUGGGAAACAGGAGGCAGAGCUGCAGGCCCUGCGGCCCUUAACGGAUGAGGGGAGAAAGGCGAGCGCUCAGCGCGACACCCCAAAAAUAAACACCUGUCUCCCACCUAGCCACCCAUUUUUUUCCGCAUUUGAGUUCGCUGUAUCUAAAAAUGAGUUGUUCGCUUUCAGCAACAGUCAUUGCUUACGGAUCAGUCCGUGGGCUGCAGACAGUUGGAUAGAGAGAGAGGACAAGACUAAGCCAUACAAGGUGCUCAUAUCAGCAGACAAACCCCUGGCUGGAUGAUGGAAUGGUUGAAGUAAGAAAUGGUGCCAUCACGGGAGGGUGAGCAUGGGGCAGAAGAUCAUGGAUUGACAGACUUUUCUCCACGUAUUUAUUUUUUUUAUUUAUUGACAAGUGGGAAAAAACACGGAUUGUUUCUGUAUGUUGUGGAAGUGGCCUGUUGACUGCAGGUUGUCAGCGGGGCUAAGCGGCGUGAAUCUGGUUGCAUGGGGAUCCGUGCGUCUGUCUGGACGAUUUCUCACCGUGCGAUUUUGUUUUUUGUAGUAGUGUGCAUUGAUUAUCUUGAGUGUGUGUUUGUGUGGCAGCACAUCAGUGUGCGUGUGUGUAUGUGUGGGUCUGCACACUUUGAUUUGAAGUGGCUGAAAGUUGAUUGGCUUGUUUAACAGUGCCCUCUAGUGCAGUGAGAGAGAAUUGCAGUCAGGCGCGCCACUGUGUGCUUCACAAACUUCACAGCUGAUUCCAUUACAUGGGAGUGAAUUAUGUUUUGCCUCUUCUCCCAGUCAUUUCGUAGCCUACGUGAUGAAGAUUCUGAGCAGCAAAUUUAACUGGCGUAAAUAAAAUUAGGAAUUAAUUUGGAAUAAAAUUCAAACAAAGAGCUGAACCACAUACAAAUGGAGAUUGAAUUUUGCCAGGGAUCAGUCAAUCAGGAUUUGAUGUGGCAAAAUAUCCAUAAUUGACCAUAUUAUUUAUAAGUGAAGCCAUGCAACAAUUGGUAUAAGGCCAUAAUGUCAGUGUCAGGUUUAACUGUAGCCUACUACAGACACUGCAGAAAAAGCAGGAGAAGCUGUGUUGGUUGAUGAAGUCAGUGUUGCUGCUACACCAUUUUCAGAACACUGAACUCGACUACACAGCCAUUUUAAUCCUCUCCCCUCUACCCAGCUAAGUAGGCCUCGCUAUGUUGCGACACAGCCCCAAAAGCGGAGUGAAGUUGUCGGAGGAGGCGAUUCGCUCCAGUGUAAUGGAAACAAGCUAUAAGAGGAGCCGGCCACCAGAAAGUAGGGCAAAGUGAGUUUCUGGCAGGCCACACAUCUCUGGACCUCACACAAACCCACGGAGCGUGCGGCAUACUAAACAGCGACAUCAGACAGGGUUCGCGCUCGUGCUGGGAGCAGACAAAACUCAGUCUUAAUUGGAGACGCCCUAUGUUACUCACAUUUGUGUGUACAUAAUGUAGUAAUUGCUUGAAGCUAAAUGGCUAAACAAGUUAGGCGAAAUAUAUAUGUACAAUUGGAGCUUUUUUUGCAUGUGUCUUUUUAUAACAGACAAAGUAAUUAUAUAACAACUAUCAUACAGAACAUUUUAAAAACGUGUAGCAGCCCGCAUGACCGAGGUUGUUUCCAGAGGACGUUUCUGGAGUGUACUAUACUCACAUCGAUUCCAGAGUAAAAAUAAAACAUCUAAAACAAAAAUAGAAAAAAUACACAAUCAUUGCACAGUUAUGAAGUUAAAAUUGACUUUUUUGUAAACUGUCAACAGCACAAAUAUUUUGUAUUGUUGUUUGUACCAUUUUGUACCAAAAAGAGAAAAAAACGCAUAAGAAAAAAAAGGGAAAAGUUUCUUGUUUUAAGCGUGUGUUUCUAGUGCCACUGCAAUCUUGGUUUCCAAAUCCAGUUGAGUAUGUACGCAGCCUUGCAGAUCAAUGGUGUAAUAUAGACGCUGGGCUGGCCCUUCCCCUGCCAGUGUCACUGUGUUAUAUAAAUAAAGUUUCCCCUCAUUUUAAA